AUGACAGUUGGUGGACCUACAAUCAAGCUGUCAAAUGGGGUUGAGAUGCCUAUUUUUGGCCUUGGAACUUGGCAGUCUAAACCUGAGGAAGUGAAAACCGCUGUAAAGGCCGCGAUCACUAGCGGAUAUCGCCUUAUUGAUACCGCGGCUGUGUAUGGGAAUGAGGAUACGAUUGGAGAGGCGAUUCAGGAAUGCAUUAAGGAAGGCAUCGUUGAGCGCAAGGAUCUCUUCAUUACCACUAAGAACUGGAUGACACACCUUAACCCUGAGCGUGUUGAGCAGGGCAUCCGCGAGUCCUUGAAGAGACUCCAGCUGGAUUAUGUUGACCUGUACCUUUCCCAUAUGCCGGCAGCAUACUCGAUCGAUGGAAACACCCCGGAACCUGAUGUAACUGUCGUUGACAAUUGGAAGGCCAUGGAGAAAAACUAUAACCAAAAACUCACCCGCGCCAUCGGUGUUUCGAACUAUAACAUUGACCAGAUUGAGCGUAUCAUGGCGGAGGCCGAGGUCCCCAUUCACAACCAACAGGUCGAGCUCCACCUGUAUUUCCCGCAAUUCGAGCUGGAAGAGGUGUGCAAGAAGCACAACAUUUCGCUGACAUCCUUCUCGACACUGGGUUCCCCUGGCCGCUUCAACUUCACGCUCCCCAAUGGAGUAAAGCCGGCUUGGGCCCCUGCCCCGGCUGACAUGGAUGACGCGUUUGUUCGUGAGCUUUCGAAGAAGUACAACAAGAGUGUACCACAGGUGCUCCUACGAUGGGCCGUUGAGCGCAAUAUUGCCGUCAUCCCCAAAUCCGUGACCCCCUCAAGAAUCCAAGAAAACUUUGACAUCUUCGACUUCACUCUUUCAGCCCAAGAAAUGGAGCGCCUAAACAACUCGCCACAUCAUGUGCGCCUUUUCCCACAAGACUUCAUGAUUGGACACCCGGAGGAUCCCUUCAAAGACCAGCGU